AUGGCCGAGGUGAAGUUGUUUGGGUUCUGGGCGAGCCCUAUUGCCAUCAGAAUUUUAUGGGCUUUAAAGCUCAAAGAAGUUUCCAUUGAUGAGUGUGUGGAAGAAGAUCUCGUGAACCAUAGUUUCACACUUUUGCAAUACAGUCAUGCUCAUAAGAAGGCUCCGAUUCUAUUCCAUCAGGGAAAACUGAUUGCAAAGUCACUUUUUAUUCUUGAGUAUAUCAAUGAAACACGGCAGCAGAAGGCCCUCCUUCCACAAGAACCCUAUGACAGAGCCAAAGCGCGUUUCUGGGCCAAAUUUGUUGAUGAUAAGUUUAGAGAUGUUAACAUUAAGACAAAAGCAGAUAAGGCAGAGGGAAAAACCGCUGCUUUUACUGAGCAGAUCGCAUCAUUGGGAUCAUCAUAUAACCAUAGAGCAGCUACUGAUUUAUGA